AUGAGCGCCACCCCCGUCACCAUUCCCGAGGGCGCCGAGCGCGCAACGGUCGCCGCGGGCUGCUUCUGGGGCGUCGAGCACCUCUACCGCAAGCACUUUGCCGACAAGGGCCUAUACGACGCGCGCGUGGGCUACAUCGGCGGCGACGCGGCCGACCCGUCCUACCAGGCCGUGUGCAGCGGCAACACGGGGCACGCCGAAGCCACCCUCCUAAUCUACGACCCCACCCGCCUCUCCUACAGCACCCUCCUCGAGUUCUUCUACCGCAUGCACGACCCGACCACGCCCAACCAGCAGGGGCCCGACCGGGGGUCGCAGUACCGCAGCGGCAUCUUCUACCACGGCGCCGAGCAGGAGGCGGUCGCGCGCGACGUGACCAGGCGCGCGGGCGAGCAGUGGUGGGGCGGCGGCAGCGGCAAGAUCGUGACCGAGCUGCUGCCGGCGCAGCAGUGGUGGGACGCCGAGGAUUAUCAUCAGCUGUACUUGAGCAAGAACCCGCAUGGGUAUGAGUGCCCGAGCCACUUUUUGAGGCCGUUUCCGGAUCUGAAGUGA